AGUCGUUGUAUAUGUACGCCAACAAUUUCUUGCGGUGCACCACACCCUCUUCGUCUAGUCUCUACGAUGUUACUGUCGCGAAUCUCGAUUAGCUUGAUCUCCUUGUGGUCUUGCCGUAGCUUCGCCCUUCUCGAAGAGCAAUUUGUCACUUUCAAUGCCUCAAAUUCAACAUUGAAUAUUGCAGGUGCUGCGAUAAUUGCAGAUGCAGAUGAUUUUAUUGGAGUGCACAUAGCGGUUAAGAGCCUGGGUCGUGAUUUAGCCGCGAUCACUGGCACAACACCAGAAGUGCACAACGUGACGGCAAACACAACGUUCUCCGGGCUUACUACAUCCACUACAAAUACAGCCAUUAUCGUCGGAUCCGUUAAUUCGUCACUUAUCCGCCUGUUGUCAAGCAAUGGUUCCAUUGAAAUUUCGGAUAUCGAAGGGCAGUGGGAGACAUUCAGGACUUCAAUAGUCGCAAAUCCUCUUCCAGGAGUGAGCAAAGCCCUUGUGAUUGUGGGAAGUGACAAGAGGGGUACUAUAUUCGGUAUUCACACGCUUUCGGAACAAUCUGGACAAUCUCCCUAUCAUUGGUUUGCCGACGUGCCAGCGAAGAAGCAUCCCGCUAUCUAUGCGCUUCCAAAAUCCACAAUUCACGGCCCACCUACCGUGAAAUAUCGGGGACUUUUCAUCAACGACGAGGAACCGGCCUUGACAACAUGGUGGGCGGCUCAGCAUAAUAGUACCUACUACCCUCUAGAUGCAGAGUUCUACGAACACGUCUUCGAUCUACUACUUCGUUUGAGAUCCAACUACCUCUGGCCUGCGAUGUGGAGGUCCACGACUCCACCUCCUGGUAAUAUCUUCUUUACGGAUGACCCGCGAAAUAUGCAACUUGCAAACGACUACGGCAUCGUUGUAUCGACAAGCCACCAUGAGCCAAUGCAGCGUGCAACUAAUGAAUGGAAUGCCACAGAAACAGGACCCUGGGAUUGGACGUCGAAUAAAGAAAACGUGACACAGUUCAUGGAGGAGGGGAUCCGACGAAUGGGUCAGAAUGAGAGCUACGUGACUCUUGGAAUGAGAGGCCCGGGCGAUGCACCGAUUGAAGGACCGAACGCCAUUGAGAUUUUGAGAGAGGUGUUUGACACUGAGCGGGAAAUCUUCAAAAAGGUGUUGGGAGACCAAAAGGUCAAUCAGGUUUGGACCAUCUAUAAAGAGGUUGCAACGUACUAUGCCGCAGGCUUGAACCCACCUGACGACGUUACCAUUAUCAUGCCCGAUGAUAAUCACGGCCAAGUUCAAAGACUACCCACAGGAAACGAGAGCUCACGAGAAGGAGGGGUUGGUGUAUAUUUUCACUUCGAAUACUUUGGAUCUCCAAGAUCAUAUAAGUGGUCCAACAGCAACAACCUGCCAAAAGUUUUGAAGGAGCUCCUCCAGGCAUUUUGGCGCGAUGCGAAUCGAAUUUGGGUCGUCAAUGUUGGUGACAUCAAGCCUAUGGAGUUGCCACUCAAUUUUGCCAUGGACAUUGCUUGGAAUGCAAAUAAGUUCGACUUCAACAUGAUACCAUCGUACCUACACAGCUAUGCCUCCAGAGAGUUUGGAAUCGCUUAUGCUGAUGAAAUUGCUUCUUUGCUAAUGGAAUUCAGUAACCUGAUUGGCAUGCGACGAUUCGAAAUGGUCCACCCGGGGACGUUCUCUACCCUCAACUACCACGAAGCUGAGACGAUUCUGGGACGAUGGAAACAUCUCGCCAAUCAGACAAAGGCUCUCUAUGAUAUAAUACCACAAGAACUUUCGCCAGCUUACUACGAGCUUUUGUACUACCCUAUCGUAGCUGGAGCAACGUACCAUGCGAUUAACAUUGGAACGGGUUUUAACCAUCGAUACGCUAUGGAGCGCCGAAACUCUGCCAAUACACUAGCUCAACAAGUUUUGAAAGAUCUCGAUUACGAUUACGAUUUGAUAGAGGAUUUUGACGCGCUCUUGGGCGGGAAAUGGGAGCAUAUCAUGUCGCAAGCAAAACUUGAUGCGGUUACGGAGCAGCCGCGCAACUGGGCAAAUCCAUCCCGAGAUAUGGCCACCAAUUUGUCAUUCGUCCAGUUGCGUCAAAACAUGCAAUUCUCUCAGGGCAAUUUGGGGAUCUACGCAGAGGGCUCAACAAGUCCGAUCAACCAGGGUCGUUGGGCUGAAUCCAUUGACGAUUCGAUGCCGACGGUCCAAUUCCCGGCGACAUUGCCAGCCAUGAAUCGAUAUGGACCGUCUGUCCGCACAAUAGACCUCUACAUGCGUGGAGAUUACCGGAUCCCGCUCCACUGGCAACUCGAUGAAAUUCCUGUCUCGUGGUUGCGCAUCGAACCAAGCUAUGGCACAGUAUCUCAAGAGCAGUCUGAUCAGCGGCUGAAUGUAACGGUUGAGUGGGACCAAGUCCCCGAGGGCUUCAACGGAACUAUUGAAGUCGGAAUCACUUCCGAGCCCUCCCCAUACCCUUACUUUGAUUUGAUCCGCAUUCCCAUCCAGAAUCAAAUAGUCCCCGCAGGCUUUGAAGGCUUCCCCGAGACCGCAGGCCUGAUUUCUAUUGAAGCUCCCCACUUUCAACGCUCCAACCCCCCAUCCUCAAACACGACACAUCCGGAAAGUCCUCCUCAGAACAGCACAGUAGCAUUUUCCCACAUUCCUUAUCUUGGCACUCGAAGUGGAUCUGGAUCCCUAGCGCUCCGACCAUAUACCUCCUCGCGAUCCUCUCUCUCGGCAUCGACGUCUGCCUACGUAGAAUACGACAUAUAUCUGUUCAACAAAACAUCGGCGCUAAAUGCCACUGUCUACAUCAACGCAUGUUUAGAUACCGAUCCCAAUCUUCUCAUGAAGUUCUCGCUUACUCUAGACGAGAGCCCUCAGAAUUUCUCAAGAGUCCUCGGCGACCCGAAAACUGCAGGGGAUGUGCCGCCAGAAUGGAUGUCUGAUGUUCCCAAUCAAGUUUGGACAAAGAAGGUCUCUUUAGGCUCUGCAGCAGAAGGUAAACAUAGUAUAAGAUGGAGCACUAAUAGCCCAGAGGUGUAUCUUGAAAAAAUUGUGCUUGACACCAGAGGUGGAGUCAAAGAGAGUUAUCUAGGCCCACCAGAGACUGUUCUAGUGUAG